GGGAGACGGAACCUGGGUCUUCACCGUCAGGAGGCAGCUGGUUCUGUGUGGAGACGAUGAUGCUGUAGUGGGUUUUUUGUUUUCAUCACUUGGUUUUUCAUCACUCUGACAGCUGACAAGGUAACGAUGGAGAACAAAGCCAUGUAUCUGAGCACGUACGAGGAGCGGGAGAGCGGCUCCAUGUACGAAGAGGCCUACGAUGGACACAACCUGUCCAAACUCAACCUGUGUGACGAAGGUUCUGGAAAGCGUCGCAGGAAGCAGGACCACUGCUGUGGUCACCUGAACUCCCUCUCCGCCAUCAAGUACGCCAUUGUUUCCCUCUACAUCCUGGUUCUCCUCACCAUCUUUGGUCUCUGCCUGACAGUCUCCCGUUCCCACGUGUCUUCAAAGCAGCAGGAGGUGCUGGUGGAGAACGUGACCCGCAUGUCAGAGCGCUCACAGCUCCUUCAGCAGACCAUCAGCGAGCCUUCUCCUCAGGCCGACCUGCUGGAGAACAUCUGGAAGCUGGAGAACCUCUUCCAGAACCACAGCGAUUGGCUGCAGAGGCUGGAGAUUCUCAUUAAGAGCGUGGAGGUGGAGCUACGGAGCGUCCACGCCUACUCCCUCCAGUCUGAGGGCUACCUGGUACAGCUGGACGACAGGUUGUCAGGUCUGAGCAGCUCCGCCACCAGGAACCUGUCUAGCUUGAUCUCGGAGGUGUCACGAGCCUCCACUUGGCUGCGGGACCAGGACCACAUGCUCCGGGAAACCUCAGGGAAAGUGAGUGGGCUGAGAGAGAAGCUGGACGAGGUGAACUGGAUGGUGGGAGCUGUCAAUCACACCUUCAGCAACGACAUCAGUAUCCACAACCUGAAGAUUCAGGACCUGCAGAUCCAGAUCAGCAACAUCACAGAAGAUACCAGCAGUUUAUGGGUGACCCAUGUCAACACUGAGGCCCAGCUGAGGAACGAGAUGGAUAUUCUCAACACCAUCACUGAGGACCUGCGUCUGAAGGACUGGGAACACUCCAUGACUCUGAAGAACAUCACCAUUUUAGAAGGGCCUCCAGGACCAAAAGGAGAAAAGGGCGAUACUGGCUCCCUGGGGCCCCCCGGAGCCCCCGGGCUGACAGGACUGAGAGGACUGAUCGGAGAGAAAGGCCUGCAGGGCGUCCGCGGUGCCAAAGGGUCGCCGGGCGUGGAAGGUCUCCAGGGAGAAAAGGGAGACACUGGACCUGUUGGACCCAGAGGUGACAGAGGAGAACGAGGAUUUAAGGGGGAGAAAGGAGAUCGAGGAGACAGAGGAGAGAAAACGGUGGAGGAGACUCUGGUGCGUCUGGUGAACGGCUCGGGGCCUCAUGAAGGUCGCGUGGAGGUUUUCCACGAGCGUCGCUGGGGCACGGUUUGUGACGACGUCUGGGACAAAAAGGACGGAGACGUGGUGUGUAGGAUGCUGGGCUACAGCGGAGCCGAACAGAUUCACAGGACGGGACGCUUCGGACAGGGUACUGGGCUGAUCUGGAUGGAUGACGUCGCGUGUACAGGAAGUGAGGACACCAUCCACCAGUGCAGCUUUUCAGGUUGGGGUAAAACCAACUGUGGCCACGUGGAGGACGCUGGUGUCACCUGCAUCGUCUAAGACUGUGAAGAUCCUGGUGCAGCAGCUGCACAUCCUCUUCAUCACGGUGCCUCCAGACGCUGCAGGGGGCGCCACCUCCUACUGGCUCUCCUUAUUGACUUUUUCAGGCCCUGGACUGAAGAUGAAGAGCGGAGCAACAAACCUCUGUUUUUAAUGACUCCACAGAGAACGAUGCUACGCUGAGGCUCAACCACACAACAGGACUCUUCAUCGGGACUGGAUCACUGGGGUCGUGUCUUCAGUGAAGGUUCAGAGGUCAGCUUUUAUAGAAAGGCGAGGUUGACCUCAGAGACUGGACUGAAGUCCCUGGUUGUUUUUGUUGGUUUUUUUUUCACAGUGUGGCGUCAAACUGAUCCAGGAAAUGCUUUGUCUUUAGGCCGCCGUCUCUGAGGUUAAAAAAAAAAAGUUCAAUGGCACAUGAUGAAAUCAAAGUCAAAGUCAGUGUGUGUCAGAGAUGGAGGAUGAUUUGAAUUUACAAGCUGUCGCUUUGCUCUGUAUUAUGGAGGAACAGCUGUGCCUUCACACUCUGCUGCUUUAUCAUAUAUUUACUCAGUUACUCAGCAGUUUGUCAGGUGGUUGAUGGCCUUGAUGUUCAGGUUCAAAGCUGGAGGAGACUCAAAGAUCCAGGAGGGUUACCUCAAAGUCCUACUUUUUUAGCCUUGACUAAACUUUAAAUAAACUAUAGAUUCACAGACAUCAACCACCGCCAAGCUCUUAUUGGACGCUGAGAGCCGUCAGUGCUGAUUCAUCUGUGAUUUACAGUCUGUUUUUACUCUAAAUAAUAUUAGUCGCCCCCUGGUGGCCAAACAGUCCUUCCGCGUUACUCUCUUGACAAUUUCCUGCGUGUAGUCAAGGAUAUUUUCACAGUUAAUGAUUAACAAAAAACCUAAAGCUAAAAAAACAUGAAAUCAUUGAACCAAAUGAUUAGAGGAAACUUCUGUUGGAUCCAUGUGGAACUAUAACGAUGAAACACACUGAGAGACUCGGUCUGAACUCUGAUCCACGGCCGUGUCUUUGAAAUAAGUGGCUGCAAAAGUAGAUGAGUUUAUAAUCAUUAAUAUAAACAAAGAAACCAAAACCAGUCGACCAAUGAGAAGCAGGUUUUAAUGAGAAGCCGCUAAAAAAGGUCACUGGACCUGUACUGUAUUAUAAAGUACAAGUACUUGAAUGAAGUAUCAGGCCAGUGUAAAGACACUCAAUGUGGUAAUUUAUCAAAUGAAGAUUAGUGUGAACUUCAGGAGAACCUAAGGAUCUAAAUAUGAGGGCGUGGUCUCAGUUGACCACCACAUGAAUUAGCUUCCCCUUCAUUGGUGUAAAAAUAUGGGACUGACUCAUCGAGACCAUCUGGGAUCUGAAGGGAACUGAAGCAGGUUUGGGAUGUUUACCAGGUUUGGCCUGUGCCAAAGGGCACGAGGGUUUGUUCUUCAGCUGGAAGGGCUUUUACUGCAGUUUUGGGAGAGGGAUUUGACUGUGAAACAAGAUGAGUAAAAAGUGCAGUAAAACAUGUCAGCAUUGGCAGAGCAGCGACUGUUUCUGGUCGUGCUGUAGGUUCUUCAACCCUCGGUUUAGUUCAACACGCUGCAGUUCACCUCUGAUCCUGUAGGUGUUCUGUCUGGUGAGAGUGAUUGUUUGUUUGUUUGUUUUUUUCCUGUUAAACCAUCGUCUAAUGCAGCUAAUAGUUACUAACAACGUAACUGAGCCGGAGUCAGUGGAGUUGAUGGAUGAAGUGAUGAUGAGGAGAAGAGAGAGAGAGAAAAGCAGAGGAGUAAUAGGAAUACACGUGGGUCUCUCAGUGUGUCUUCAUCUUCAUAGUCCCCCCGUCCCCCCGUCCCCCAUGGUCCAGCAGCUGGUACCUCCCAGGAGUCCUGGCUCAGGUCCCUCCUUCAGAGUUCACCAAACCACAGUUUGGGCUCAGGCCAACGCUGGAAACCGUCUCUUCACCCAGUCAUGAUUUAGAUGUCAACGAUGAAGUGCUCCUUAAAUAUUUGGCAAAUGCACCAGACCAACAGUUUCCCUGAGGAGGGCUGCGGUUCAAUUCCCUUUUUUUUUUUCUUGUGUCGUCUGUGUAAAUGUUUCCAGUGUCGAUCGUAAACACAAUCUACCGCUUCAGGUGCGUCUCUGUCGAAGGCAGUAGUAUCAAGAACUGAUGGUGGGAACAGGAAGUUCCACAGAAAAAGAAAAACAAACUCCAGUUUGAUGUUUCCUGCCACCACAGCCACGACACGAUCUUUUUUUUCUCCUCUUCACAUUGAAGUGCCUGAGUGUUUGAAGAUCAUUCUGUUGUUUUAAACCACAACACUUCCAGAGGAAACCAGACGAUGGGAGGAAAAGGAGAAGGAAAUUUCAAGAAAAGGGAAGGUGUGAACGCUGACUUAGAAAGAAGUAAAAAAUGAGCUCUUUUUUUUUUACUUUUUUUUCCUGUGAUGUCGACUGAAGAACUCACCUUUAUUGUAUGAUUUUGAAAUUGUCUUUAUGAAGAAUAUCACCAAAUCACAUGAUCCAAUCACCAUCCUCACACUUCACUCUUGACUAGAGCAGCUACAGUCAAUUAUGCAAAUCAUCACUUUGUUGAUUAGAUUUUAAAAAAAAAGAAACACCUGUAAAUAUUUGUCAUUGUCACCACUGAGAGACCAAAACAACAACAAACAGAAACACAGAACGUUACGACGUUAUAAAGUCAACCGUUGGACAUUUGAUCGUUUGCACAGUUUAGAUCUACUCCAACAGUAACUCCGGCUGGGUCCAAUCCCAGUGACCGUCAGGCGAGGGCAGAGGUCAGCAGGUGGUGACGUCAUGUACUGAUUGGUCAGAGGCCGCUCUGACUCCAGCCUCACGAGGUCAAAGGCCGUUAGACAUUUGUAAAGGAAGUGCUCUUAAAUAUGAGAUUUGUUUUUUAUACCAAGUUCUGUCCAACACGACUCAGUGUCGCGCAGUGUUUUCUAUGACGCUGACAGUAAGGGCUCCGGAGAAAUCCUAUACAGUAGACAUGAUCAUGUCAUGUGCUUUAACGUAGGACAAUGGAUUGUCAUUUUUACUACCUGUUUUUUUUGUACCACUACUAUGUCGUAUACGCACUGCUGACAUAAUAAAACGAGCGUUUGUU